AUGUCUCUCCCGUGGUCGCAGGUCUCAUCGGUGCUACCGUCCUGGUGGUGUCCGUCUCAGUCACGGUCUUUGUGUGGACAUGCUGUCACCAGCAGGCAGAGAAGAAGCACAAAACUCCACCUUACAAAUUCAUUCACAUGCUGAAAGGAAUCAGUAUCUACCCCGAGACCUUGAGCAACAAGAAGAAAAUCAACCGGAUCCGGAGGGACAAGAAUGGCUCUCCCAAGGAGGCUACCAGGGGAAACCUCCUGGUGGAUGCUGCUGAGUCAGGUUUAAUGAGCUCUGAUAAGGCUCCAGAUGGGCUGACCACAGUUCCCCACGUUGACCAGCUCCCCAUAAAAGUCGAUUAUGGAGAUGAACUAAGCCCAGAUCAAAGCCUGACUCCAGGGGGAAGUAAAACCUCCUCUCCAUCCUCUCCGGGCGACGACGUCAUGUUAGGUGAACUGACUUUCUCAGUGGACUACAACUUCCCCAAAAAAGCUUUGGUGGUCACCAUCCAGGAGGCUCAUGGGCUGCCAGUGAUGGAUGAGCACACGCAGAGCUCUGACCCUUACAUCAAGAUGACCAUUCUCCCCGACAAGAGGCACCGCGUGAAGACUCGUGUCCUUCGCAAGACGCUGGAGCCUGUGUUCGACGAGACCUUCACCUUCUAUGGCAUCCCCUACAGCCAACUGCAGGACCUGGUGCUCCACUUCCUCGUGCUCAGCUUCGACCGCUUCUCCAGGGAUGAUGUCAUUGGGGAGGUCAUGGUGCCCCUUGCUGGGGUGGAUCCGAGCACUGGGAAGGUGCAGCUCACCAGGGAGAUCCUCAAAAGGAACAUCCAAAAAUGCAUCAGCAGAGGAGAGCUGCAGGUCUCCCUGUCCUACCAGCCCGUGGCGCAGAGGAUGACGGUGGUGGUGCUGAAGGCCAGGCACCUGCCAAAGAUGGACAUCACUGGCCUCUCAGCAGAUCCCUACGUCAAGGUCAACGUGUACUACGGCAGGAAGCGCAUCGCCAAAAAGAAGACUCACGUCAAGAAAUGCACUUUGAAUCCUGUCUUCAACGAGUCCUUCAUCUAUGACAUCCCUGCUGAGCUCCUGCCUGACAUCAGCAUCGAGUUCCUGGUCAUCGACUUCGACCGUACCACCAAGAACGAGGUGGUUGGAAGGCUGAUCCUGGGAGCUCACAGCGUCGGCGUCGCCGGCGUGGAGCACUGGAGAGAGGUGUGUGACAACCCCAGGAAACCUGUGGCCAAGUGGCACAGCCUGAGCGAGUACUAG